AUGUUUAAGUCCUACGCAAGCUUGUGCGCAGAAAGGCACCGCCAAUUCACCAAGUACCCGUUCACCAUACACCCAUUCAGCAAACUACGUAUGUGGGCUGAGGCGGUCGUUUUCUCAACACUCCUCCUCAUGAUAUUGCUCCUGCCGAUCUGGAUCUCCAGCACAAGCCCUAGCGAUGACGAUCCGCUCUAUAUUUUGUUAUUAUGCACCCACGUUGUAUUUGUCGCCGUCAAUAUCCCUAUCAAUAUACUUACCGGCUUCGUGGAUGGUAAAAACCGACAACGAAUAGAACUCAACCACUACAAGAUUUUAAAGAACUAUAUCUUAUCAUGGAUGCUAGUGGAUUUCGUGCAACUGUUUUGCGUGCUUCACGAAACGUCAAUGCUACCAGAACCAAAAAGCUACCCUCAUAUUGUGCGAACUGUGUGCUCAGUUGUUUCCAUUGAAUACUUCGUUAUGGUUAAGUAUCAUAGCAAUAUAUGCACGGUUUUGAGAAUGAAGGUGCCCUUAAAAACCGCUCUAGAGGUCUUAAUGCACGGGACAACGUAUUUGUCUUGGAAUGUGUUGAUCCAAUUCGUGGUCGAGUAUUACAUAGAGGGGGACUACCAGCCAGUGCAGCCAAGGAACAGCUCCUGGAUUACUAUUGGAGACUUGUGGGACAAACCGGGGGAGGUGCGGCUCAUGUAUAGUCUGAUGAGGGCAGUGAACAUGUUAAGAAAGAAUUCAAAUUUACAUCUCCUCCCAUACGACGGUGACUUCGAAAUAUUUACCACUUUUGCCUUUAUUAUUGCUCAAUGCGUUGUGUUACACUGCACAUUAAAAUACAUGAUAGCUCUGUUCGGCACGCAAUCCUCAAAGGCGAAGUACUACAUGAUGUCCCACCAGAUUCAGACCUAUAUGCACAAGAGACGCUUCCCGACGUGGAUUAAGAAGAAAGUUCUCAAGUUUUAUGCGAUCCGGUUUAGGUCACACUUUUUUGUGGAGUCAACUAUGCUAGAUUGCGUCACCGGCCAAUUACACGAAGACAUCAUAAUGCACACGGGGCGGCAUAUGGUGCGCGAAGUGACGUUCCUCAAGCAGCUGCCGUGGGCUGUUCUCAUAGAGAUCUCUCUCAAAUUCCAGCUUGCUAUCUUCAUUGAAGGGGACAUUAUUUACAAGAUUAAUACUAUAGGCAAUUGUAUGUACUUCAUCAACAAGGGCACCGUCGCGUUGUACACGAAAUCCGGGUAUGAGCUAAUUCAUAUUGAGGACGGUGACCAUUUCGGCGAGACCGCGCUCAUGAGUGAAGACGUUAAAUUGCGCUUUGUCUCGGCCGUCGCUGUCACCAACUGCGAGCUGUUUAGUUUGUCGCGCGAGAACUUUGAGAUUAUCGAGCGAUACAGGACGGCGUAUGAUGAACUUAAGAAAGUUGGUGUCAAACGACACCAGUGGGCGAUGGUGAUGGAUGAACAGUUUAAAGCGCAGUUGAGAGAACAGAAGAAUGAUAGAUAUAACUCAAAUAGCUAAUAACUUAGCUUUGUAUAGCUUGCUAAG